CCAUUUUAAGCAGGAAAAUGCCACUAUGAGUGUAAAGAAUAUUUUCACUGCUUUUUAUUUACUGAAUAGCCUUUUGUGUGGAUGUAGCUGUAACGCCCAAUUUACUGACAUCACAGACGAAGUAUUUGGCAAAAGCAAGGAUGGGAUUCUUGCGGCAUUCGGGGAUUUUAAUGCAGAUAAACAGACAGAUAUAUUUCUGAUCUCGCCCACAGGAAAGAAUGUAGACAUCCUGUUGGCGGUGGCAAAUAAACAGUAUGUCCGGGUAGCUGGUGUUGUCACCAUUGCUGACACAACAGGCAAUAUUAGCAGUGUGGUACCAGGAGACUAUGAUGGUGACUUAUAUAUGGACAUCUUAGUGACCAUAAUGGACAACACUGGCCUUUACACUGUUGAAGUCCACUAUGGCUAUUACAUGGAUUUAGACAGGAAUUCUCUACAGAUUGUUGCCGUUUCAAAUCUUACAGAAAAGUUGCAAGAUGAGCCACUUGUGUUAGAUAUGAAUGGAGACUUCAUACCUGAUUUGUUUGGGGUAAAUCAAAGAGGCCAAAGACAGUACUGGGUGGCUGCCAGUAACAAACGGAAUUUCACUUCUGUAAAUAUAACAACUCCAGCAGGACUGAGUGCAAUCAGAAACCCACAUUCCAAUGCUUUUAUAGACCUGAAUUAUGAUCUCAGUGCAGAUCUAUUUGUAACUACAUCCAAUGGAAGUUUUGAAUACUGGCUGAAUAAAGAUGGAGAGUUAACUUACACCAGGACAGUGAGAGCAGGUGCUUUCUCUGGCAGCCAGAUGCUUAUUGGACAAAGUGUUUUUGGAGAUUUUGGUGGCAGAGGAGAGAUGGAACAUCUGGUGCCUGUAUGUUCAGACUCAAAUUGUGGAAAUAGCCAGAUUUUUGUAUUAACUGAUGAAAAGUGGAUCAAGUUGCCUGUAAGUUUCAAAGAUAAUAAUGGAGUGAUCUGGGGUUUUAAGCCACCAACCAAGAAUUCUUACAAUAACAUCAAGUUACCUGUGUCACUGAGAGUAGGUGACUAUGACCAUGAUGGUUUUCCAGACCUUCUGGCAAUUCUUUACUCAUCUGGGAGGGAAUCUGAGGUAUUGCAAUCGAGAGUGUUUCUUCUCAAUAACAUACCGUGUACAUCAGAAGAGUGCCAGGCACUGGGGAGAACAUUUCAAGUACAGUGGACACUUGGGCUAGGAGAUGUCAACAGCCCUUUAGUAGCUGCAUUCUUUGAUAUAUAUCAGGAGGGACAUUUGGAUAUAAUUGUUUCUAGUCAGACAACCUCUGGUGUAAGGCUUUAUGCAUUGAAGAAUGGCCUUGAUUUAGAUGCUUGCUUUAUAAAAGUUAUGGUGCUAACAGGACAGUGCUAUGGCAACUGUACAAAUGGAGGGAAAGCUUCAUAUGGUGUGAACCAGCCAGGCCCCACCAUAGAAUACUAUAGUACCAGGCCAGAUGGUACACCAGAGAGAGGGCUAGGUGAGGGUGUGUGA